AUGUACGAUAGACGACGAAAAGUACUUCCCAAAUUGCCUAAGUCACCGGAAGACGUUUUUUUACAGUUGAAUUUAAUGAAAACUCAAGAUGAUUUUAAGUUUCGUAGACAACCAUUCAUACAUAUUCCCGAAGACAAUAGUUUUGUAUGCAUUACUUCUGAUUUCAACCUACUAUUUAUGAUUAAGCAUGAUUGUAUUGAUUUUUUCGCCGAUGGACAAUCAUGGUGGCGAAAAAUAAACAGCGAUUCUAUUCUCAGAAUAGCAUAUAAAAAAGAAAACGACGAACUAGGAAAUUGGCUUAAGAGUUUUUUUGGGUUAGCUUUUUUACCUAAUCAUGAAGUAGCCGAUGCAUUCGUCGAACUCAUGAGUGUCUGCCCAAAUGAUAAAGUCUGCUCAGAAUUUAGCGAUUAUGUUUUCAAUAAUUAUAUAGAUGAUGAAUCUCCAUUUCCCCCAAAUAUAUGGGCUAAAGAACCUAUGUUUGAUCCAAGGACAACCAACGCUGUUGGAAGUUUUCAUAGAACUUACAAUUCACAAUUUUAUAAGUCUCACCCACACAUACACUUGGUAAUUAUGGUUUUACAAGAAACGCAAGCUGAAACGAUGACAAAAAUUCGGUCAAUUGAAACCGACAGUUAUAAAAGUAUGAGUUUUAUUGAAAUGCAAAAAAUUAUUGCAACUAUAAUGGCUUACGAUGAAUAUUUAAGAAAUAAAUGUUCUAAAGAUUUACUAAAAUAUUUAUUAAAAGUGGGAAACAAGUAUUUAGGGAUACCACUUUAA